GUGCGGCCGGCGGCGUUGCGGAUCGAUCCCAGCGGCAGUGAGUGAGCGGCGAACGCUCGCGGCCGCGGCGCCGGCCUCAGGCUGGGGCGCCGCUCCAUGAUAUCCUGCGACGCCGCCAUGGAGACGGCGCGCGUCGAGAUUUCGCGCUGCAUCACCGGGCUUGGCCUGCGCUCCAAGGUGAAGGACAAGGAGGACCGCGCCGCCACGCAGGAGGGCCUCGAGCGGCACAUGUCUGCGGCGGGGGUGAAGCGCGGCAGCGUCAUGGAGAAGGUGGCCAACGUGUUCUGCUCGGGCGCCGGCGGGCGCGACGGCCGCGCGCCGGCCGCCGCCGCGCCGCUCAAGAAGGAGAAACCGCCAGUGCCGCCGCGGGAGAAGCCGACGCCGCCCGACAAACCAUCUCGCUUCUCCUUUCAGAAGAUGAAGAACGGCAUGUACCCGUCGCUGCACGGGCCGGCGGGGCGGCGCGCGGCGCGGCCGGCCGGGCCAGGCGCGCGGCGGCGCGAGCUGCGAGCCCCACAGCCCACUUGGGCCGAACUCUGGCUGACGGACGCCUUCCUGGAGCGCUUCUUCGCGCACUUCACGGGCGCCGAGGUGUGCCGGCUGGCGCAGGUGUGCCGGAAGUGGCGCGACGUGCUGUACCAGCCGCGCUACUGGCGCCAGUUGCGCCCGGUGCUCGACUGUCGCGACAUUCGCCAGUCGGGCGGCAGCGACCCGGGCGCCGCGCGCCGCCGCUACCUGCACGCGCUGCAGGUGCGCGCGUGCGACUCGCUGGCGCUGCUGCACGCGACGGACGAGGACCUCUGCGAUCUGACGCACGGGUUCCCGGCGGCGCACAAGUGCUUGCGCUGGCUGUCACUGCAGUGCGGCCGCGUCUCCGACAAGGGCCUGGAGCAGACGCUGGAGCAACUGCACGGCCUGCACCAGCUGGAGCUGUCCGGCUGCAAUGACGUCACCGACGCCGGCCUGUGGGCCUGCCUCAGCCCGCGCAUCGUGUCGCUGAGUGUCAGCGACUGCAUCAACGUGGCCGACGAGACGGUGGCGGCCGUGGCACAGCUGCUGCCGUCGCUGUACGAGCUCAACCUGCAGGCCUACCACGUCAGCGACGCGGCGCUCACCUACUUCUCCAGCAAGCAGAGCGCCGGGCUCAGCAUCUUGCGGCUGCACUCCUGCUGGGAGCUCACCAACCACGCCGUGCUCAACAUCGUGCACAGCCUGCCUAACCUGAGCGUGCUCAGCCUCUCGGGCUGCUCCAAAAUCACGGACGAAGGCGUCGAGGUGAUCGCCGAAAACCUGAAAG